ACCCCCCAACCCGAACACCAAAUUACAAAAAUAAAAAAUAAAAUAAAAUAAACCAACAAAAACACUUUCCAAUUUCCAUUCUCUUCUUGCUUUGAAAUAACUAGAAAUCAGACAAUCAAAUCAAAAAAUCAAAUGCUUCGAAAAACCACCAAAAAAAAAAAAAAAAAAAACUUGCAAACCCAAAAAAUUCAAAAAAGCAAAAACAACCCUCCUCAAAAGCAAAACCCCAAAAACAUCUCCUCCCCAAUAUUCUCUUUCUCUCUCUGCUUUCCGUGAUCAACGGAAUAAGAAGCCCUCUUACUGUCUAAAUCCCCACCAGAGAAAGAAAAAAGAAAAAGAAAGGAAGAAAAUGUUCAGACCAUGACUACGACGCCGUCUCAUCCUCAGUCUCAGUCUCAGUAUCAGUAUCAGUCUCAGCCUCAGCCUCAGCCACAGUCAUCCCCACUACAACAACAACAACAACAGCAACAGCAACAACAACAACAACAACAACAACAACCACCACCACCCCAACAGCCGAGAGCUGUCCACAAGCUCCUCGUCGUUGUGGUCGAUGCUCGUGACCUUCUUCCCAAAGACGGCCAAGGAAGCUCAAGCCCAUACGUCCUUGUAGAUUUCGAUGGCCAAAGGAGACGGACUUCCACAAAAUACAGAGACCUCAACCCAGUAUGGAACGAAGCCCUCGAGUUCAUCGUCUCCGAUCCCGAAAACAUGGAUUACGAGGAGCUCGAGGUCGAGGUUUACAACGACAAGAGGUACGGAAGCGCCAGUGGCAGUGCCAGGAAGAACCACUUCUUGGGGAGGCUCAAGCUUUACGGAAGCCAGUUCUCCAAACGUGGCGAAGAAGGUCUGGUGUAUUACCCACUGGAGAAGAGAAGCGUCUUCAGCUGGAUUAGGGGCGAGAUUGGGUUGAGGAUUUGUUACUACGACGAAUUGGAGUUUGAUGAAUCGGCUCUACAGCAGCCUCCGCCCGAAGAUGUUCCGCAGGAGAAACCGAAAUCUCCGACGCCUACGGUCGUCGAGGAAAGCAGAGCGUUCGAAGUUCCUCAUCCGAUGGUGGAACCUCCCGGAGGUUUUCCCGAUGCUGUCGAGCACUUACCUCCGGUAGUCGUUAUCCAAGAAUCGCCGCCGCCUGUGGUGCAUUACCAGGCUGAUCCACCUGCGCAGGAGACGGUGGGUGGUCCGCCGCAGCAGGAGAUGCAGUAUCCGCCGCCGGAGGUGAGGAAGAUGGAGACUCGGAGAGGUGAAAGGAUUAGGGUCUUAAAGAGGCCCAACGGAGACAAUAUUUACUCUCCUCGGAUCAUCGCCGGGAAAUUCGGAGGACGAGGAGAUCAUAACCAUAAUAAGACGGCGCCGGAGAGGAUCCAUCCAUACGAUCUCGUGGAGCCCAUGCAGUACCUUUACAUCAGGAUCGUCAAGGCUCGAGGUCUCGCACCGAAUGAGAGUCCGUACGUGAAGCUCCGUACGUCCAACCACUUCGUGAAAUCGAAGCCGGCUAUCCACCGUCCCGGAGAACCAACCGACUCGCCGGAGUGGAAGCAGGUCUUCGCCCUCGGUCACAACAGGCCCGAUUCGGCCUCCACGACGUUAGAGAUCUCCGUCUGGGAUUCACCGUCGGAGCACUUCCUAGGCGGCGUGUGCUUCGACCUCUCCGACGUCCCCGUACGCGAUCCUCCAGACAGUCCUUUGGCUCCGCAAUGGUACAGACUAGAAGGCGGCGCAGGAGAUCAGAAUUCCUGUAGAGUCUCCGGCGACAUCCAGCUUUCCGUUUGGAUAGGAACCCAAGCCGACGAUGCGUUCCCAGAAGCAUGGAACUCCGACGCUCCGUACGUGGCGCACACGCGCUCGAAGGUUUAUCAGUCUCCAAAACUGUGGUACCUGAGAGUGACGAUAAUGGAUGCUCAAGACCUCCACAUUGCUCCGAAUCUACCUCCAUUGACGGCCCCAGAGAUCCGAAUCAAAGCGCAGCUAGGGUUUCAAUCGGUGAGAACAAGACGAGGGUUCAUGAACAACCACAGUGCGUCGUUUCACUGGAACGAGGACCUUUUAUUCGUCGCCGGUGAGCCUCUGGAAGACUCGCUGAUCCUUUUCGUGGAGGACCGUACUACUAAAGAUCCAAUGCUUCUCGGCCACGUCCGUGUUCCCGUGAGCUCGAUCGAGCAACGGUACGAUGAGCGCUACGUGGCAUCAAAGUGGUUAGCAUUGGAAUGCGGUGGGGGAGGAUGUGGGUCCUACUGUGGUAGAAUCCAUCUCAGGCUAUGCUUGGAAGGCGGUUAUCACGUGCUGGACGAAGCGGCGCACGUGUGCAGCGACUUUCGGCCAACGGCUAAGCAGCUGUGGAAGCCGGCUAUUGGAAUCAUGGAGCUUGGAAUCCUGGGAGCUCGUGGAUUGCUCCCCAUGAAAUCCAAAGGUGGAGGUAAAGGGUCCACGGACGCUUACUGUGUGGCCAAGUAUGGGAAAAAAUGGGUCCGCACGAGAACAAUCACUGACAGCUUCGAUCCACGAUGGAACGAGCAGUACACGUGGCAGGUCUUUGAUCCAUGUACGGUCCUGACCAUCGGUGUGUUUGACAACUGGCGGAUGUUUGCUGACGUGUCUGAGGAAAUGCCCGAUAACCGAAUAGGGAAAGUUCGGAUCCGGGUAUCCACAUUGGAGAGCAACAAGGUGUAUACCAAUUCGUAUCCGUUACUGGUUUUGUCGAGAACCGGGUUGAAGAAAAUGGGCGAGAUUGAAUUGGCAGUCCGAUUCGUUUGCCCGUCUUUGUUGCCGGAUACCUGCUUGGUUUACGGGCAGCCAUUGUUGCCGAAAAUGCACUAUCUGCGACCUCUUGGUGUGGCUCAACAGGAAGCUUUGCGCGGAGCCGCCACGAAAAUGGUGGCGGCCUGGCUCUGUAGGUCCGAACCGCCAUUGGGUCCGGAAGUAGUCCGGUACAUGUUGGAUGCGGAUUCUCACACAUGGAGCAUGAGGAAGAGCAAAGCCAAUUGGUUUCGGAUCGUGGCGGUUCUUGCUUGGGCGGUCGGGUUGGCAAAAUGGUUGGAUGAUAUCAGAAGAUGGAGAAACCCGGUAACCACGGUACUUGUCCAUAUCUUAUAUUUGGUGCUUGUUUGGUACCCUGAUUUGAUUGUCCCAACUGGGUUUCUAUACGUGUUCUUGAUCGGUGUUUGGUAUUAUCGAUUCCGACCCAAGAUACCAGCGGGUAUGGAUAUCCGAUUGUCCCAUGCGGAUGCUGUUGACCCGGAUGAGCUUGAUGAGGAAUUUGAUACAAUCCCAAGUUCUAAACCACCGGAUAUAAUAAGAAUAAGAUAUGACAGGUUAAGGAUGUUGGCAGCCCGUGUCCAAACAGUGCUGGGUGAUUUUGCAACACAAGGAGAGAGACUCCAAGCCUUGGUGAGUUGGAGGGACCCAAGAGCUACAAAAUUGUUCAUUGGGGUGUGCCUGGCUAUCACUAUGGUACUCUAUGUGGUGCCACCAAAAAUGGUGGCUGUGGCACUUGGUUUUUACUAUCUACGCCACCCCAUGUUUCGGGACCCAAUGCCGCCGGCUAGUUUGAACUUUUUCCGGCGGCUACCCAGCUUGUCAGACCGGUUAAUGUAGAGUCAUAGAAGGUAGAUGAUUAUUAGAAUUUAUUUUGUUUUUUUCUUUUUUUUCUUUUUUUUUUUUUGGUGGAGAGGGGCAUUUUAUAUGCAAAAUUGUGGGAAUGAGAAUGUUAUUUUCUAAUAAUAACACAUUUUGGAGAAGUGAGAAAAAGGGGAGAGAAUGGGAUUAAAGAGGGAGAUUCAAGUUGUGAUGUUUUUUCUUUAAUUUUUGGUGGGGGAUAUUUGAAUUGAUUGACUAACUAUUCAAAACUUGAAAUAAGAGAAAAAGAAGGUGGCCGAGAGAGAGUUUAGUGGGGUUAGAAAGUUGAAUGUUUGAGAUUUUAAAAAGAAAAAAAGGGUAGGGAUUUGAGAGUUUCCUGCGAUGAUGUUGGGGAAAGUAUGAGCAUUUUGUAUUGCUUUUUCUAACAUCUGAAAUUGCAUACGUAUAGUUUUCUUGUAUCAGCUUUCAUGUUGAUCAAUCUCAUUUUGAGUAAAUAAGUUUUGCCAAAAAUUUAGAUCUUUGUCUUUCUGGACCAUUUUUUUGAGAAAAUUAGGCAUUAUGAUCUUUCUCUGUUUUAGGUAUUAAGUGUACUUUGACAAUUCUUCAAUCAAAGAUUUUUUUUUA